GCUCACGUAGAAGAGAUGUGGAAACCAGAUCGUAGUUGCAGCGAGCGAGUUUGAGUUUAGUAGACUCUCUCCGUUUCCUCAGUCCCAGUUUAUCUACUGGUGCCGUUUGAUCCUUUGACCAUUAAACGAAGAUGCCGAUCUCACGGAUCGCAGUUGGAGGACCCGAGGAGGCUACUCACCCGGACGCUUUGAGGGCGGCUUUGGCUGAGUUCAUAAGCACACUCAUCUUCGUCUUCGCAGGCGAGGGCUCUGGCAUGGCCUUCAAUAAGCUCACUGACAAUGGCUCCACCACGCCUGCGGGUCUCGUGGCUGCUGCUUUGGCUCAUGCUUUCGGUCUUUUCGUUGCUGUCUCCGUCGGAGCUAAUAUCUCUGGUGGCCACGUUAACCCUGCUGUCACAUUCGGUGCCUUCGUCGGGGGCAACAUCACUCUUCUCCGUGGCAUUCUUUACUGGAUCGCUCAACUGCUUGGCUCCACCGUCGCCUGCUUGCUUCUCAAGUUCGCCACCGGCGGUCUGACUACGUCGGCGUUUGCGUUGUCGUCUGGGGUGGGCGUAUGGAACGCGCUCGUGCUCGAGAUAGUGAUGACCUUUGGGCUUGUGUACACAGUAUACGCGACGGCGGUGGACCCAAAGAAAGGAAGCUUGGGGACCAUAGCACCUAUAGCGAUCGGUUUCAUUGUGGGAGCCAACAUUUUGGCCGGUGGAGCUUUUGAUGGGGCGUCGAUGAACCCGGCUGUCUCUUUCGGACCGGCUUUGGUGAGCUGGACCUGGACCAACCACUGGGUGUACUGGGCUGGUCCACUGAUUGGAGGAGGUAUUGCUGGGAUUGUGUACGAGUUGUUCUUCAUCAGCCACUCUCAUGAGCAGUUGCCUAACACAGACUACUAAAGCUCGAUAGGAGGGGUUUCGUUGAAUCUUUACCGUUGAUCAUCUUUCGUCCGACAAAUCAACAUCAUCUCCGUUCACUUUUCCUGGAUGGGGGUGUGGUACCAUCAUCAUCAUGUGCAUGUAUUUCGGGUUUAGCCAUCAGGAUUGUGAUUUGGUGUUUUAUUUUGGUGUUGUUUCAUUCCACGUCACCAGUGUUCUGGUCUCUUCUUAACUUUUCCAUGGCCUGAUCUCUCUCAUUUUUACACGAUUGUUGGUUUUUCUAAUAAGAUAAAGGGAGGACCAGUCAGUAGGUUAA